AGCUCCAGCCGGGGCGGGAUGCGGGCGAUCCACCCAUCGCCCGAGAAAGUCAGAUAGUGUACAUUUAGAGGCAUCGAUUGAGGCGAUGCACCCAUCAGAAGCAUAUGGCUCGGUGGAUUUCAAUCAGCAAAAGACGCCUAGGAGAUGGAGAUUGAACCGACUCGCCAUGCUGGAGGCGGUCUUCGUGCCAUGGGCGCUCUUCGUCGGGUUGGCAUGGAUACUUUCAUUCUCAGUCCAUUUCGAACACACCUGGGCUGCCUGGGCCUUGGUGGCCGCUGGUCUAGUCUUCCCUCUUGGCUUGUGGUACGUCGUCAAGCACCAGUCUGAAGAUCCCAGAUCCCUCUCCCACCUGGAGCCCAACUGGUUCUUUUUCCUGGCUGCUGUUUGCUCCAUCGCCUGGUUCGCAGGUCUAGGCUUUGGGCUCUACAACUGGUUCAGCACCAUGGCCCCGUACUAUGACAAAGCCAGCUUAGCGCUCAUCUCCAAUGUGAGCACCCGGAGCUCCAAAGGUGGGCAGUUCAUCGACAUCGCCGCCCUGGAGUUCACUCCGUUCACGGAGGUGAAUGAGAGCCUCACGAUGGCCUACAAGGACGGCCAUUCCUAUUGUGUGGCUCCGAUCGUCACUCCAGGUCCUCCCGGCGUAGCUCCACCAGCCUUCUACGAGUUUUGGGCCGUGGGUAUGGAUUGUUGCAACCCCUUCGAGCCCAAGGUCUUCAUGUGUGGCGAACCCAAUGAUGAUGAGGCGCGUGGCGGGGUUCGUUGGACCGAUCCCUCCCAAAUGCCGCAGUUCAGGAAAGCCAUUCAGCAGGCCCAGGAGGAGUACCAGAUCAAGGCCGGCGAGGACGUGCUAUUCCUCCAAUGGACUGGUGAUCCCAUGAAGAAGAUCCACGAACAGUUCUUGACCGGACGGGCCAACUUUCGCUUUGCUGUUUGGGCAUACCUGGGGCUCUCGGUGCUUUUCAUGUUGUUGGAAGUGGCACACCAGAAGUUCGCCUGACCUGAGAAAACAAGUAUGGACCAUCACCGGGGGAAAGCUUGGUCUACAAUCAGGGUUUGACAUCAGACAUGAUCAGACUAGACUUGAUAAGGGGGGCCUGGUAAGGCACCGCCAAGUCCAUCGGUCCCUGUGAAGUGCUUUUAAAACAUUGGUCUUACAUCCAGUCUGAGAUCCAGUGAUUGUUGCCUCAAGCGGAGCCUGUAUGUGGUGACUCAG